AUGGAAAAUUCAAAAUUGUUCUGGGUGAUAUGGCGAAGCAUUUCCGUACUACUUCAAAGUCAGCCAGUAAAUAACUUUAAAAAACAUUUAAAUAAUUGGUUAUUUUAUAACACAAGAAUUUGUUCAAUUUCCACUAUUUGCCUAGAUUUUUACACACUUAUCAAAUCUGUAAAAUCUGAAAAAUUAGGGAGUUUUGAAUGCAGUUUGUUCCAAAUUCUUGCUUACUUCGCAGGUGGAAACAAAAUUUACUGA